AUGAAAAAGAUCGGAAAGCUUCUGCUUCUAUUAGUUUUCGUCAAAUGCUCAAUUCAACAAAUUCGAGACGAAAGUUUCCAUUCUUAUUGCAAUCGAAUGAAUGGGAAAGCAACCACUUCGACACUUGAGACAGAUGAUUCGGGAAAUGUGGUUGCUCUUCCAGCUGGUGACAAAUGCCAAGUUUUGUUGGAUUUUCCAGCGGGAAAAAAGGUGAGUGCCCACCAGAUCAGCCAAAGAAUUAAAAUAUAACUAAUUACAGGAAGAUGCUCUCCCAUAUUGCAAUAGAUGGGCAAUUCAUGCUUUAGUCGACUACGAUGUUAUCGACAACAAAGUGUCGUGUACAUUCGAGAAUGUUUAUCAAUGCAAAAAUGGUUUUGUACAAAUUCGUGGAAUGUGCUAUCAACAACUUGUUGGUCUUUAUGAUUAUAAAGGAGCGAGAGAAGCCUGUCAGAAUCUUAAUGCUGAGAUUCUCCGAAUGCCUUCGAAACAUAUUGGAGAAUUGAUGGAAGGUGAGUAAAUUUGUCCGAACGUAGAUGUAUGAUUUUUUAUAGCAAAUAUGGAGGAUUUGUCAAUGUAUUUUCUUCAACCUGAAGAACAUAUCAAACAAUCGAGUCAAUUUGUUGAAGUCGAGCAAGCGAUAACAACGCACAGAAAUUAUGUGAUUCUGUUCAAAUUCGGUGUUCAUUAUGAUGUCGGUCCAAAUUCAAUUAUCGAAUUGGAUUCGGAUAAAAAAUCAUUUGUAAUUUGUAUGUAUAAACCACCUGAAACUAUUUUGAGUUUUAAUGUGAAAGCGAAUCAACUUGGAGUAUUAUACCAUCCAACACAAUUGGUUGGUGCAUGGGCUGUUUGGAGAACUGCUUCGCACUAUACACCAAAGUACGAUUUUUCAUAAUUAUGGUCUAAUCUAACAUUUUUCUCUUCAGAAACAUCAAAGGUUAUCCGUUUACCAAUGACGAUGUUUGCGAGAGUUCGAUGAAAGCAAUUCUUGGAACUGCCGAUGGAACUUUUCUCAAUCUGAAACCUAACAACAUCCGAAUGCUUUCGAAAGAAGUCAAAUCAUCAUUUGUUCGCGCUUUCGGCCCAUUUGUCUAUUGUAGUUACGAGGACAAGUACAAAAAUUGGAAAUGGAGGGUGUUUUAUAUCAACAAACAUGAUGCAAGUACCUAAUCUAGAGAAAAAUAUCCUAAAUAUUUAUAAUUGUUUGCAGACUGGAAAAACCUGUAGAGAAGUUUCAAAUCUCUUAGAAAGUGACUAUUCAUCAAAAUGGAAUUCUGAAUAUCAACCAAAAAAUUGGUCGUUCAUUUAUUAUCCGGAGCCAGUAAAGUGAAUAAAUGAACUCAGAAAAACAGAGCCGGAAAACCGGCAGUUCCCCAGCCCCAAUAUAAUAAUUGAUUUUGAAUAAUCCACUUUUUCAGCGGUCUCAACUUCGAAUCAUUCCGUUUUGCUCUUCACAGUCCAAUUCUUUUGCGGCAUACAAUAUGAAAAAGAUGUUUACCGUCCAGUGGAAAAAUGCCCACGUCACUGGAAUUUGUAUGAUCGAAAAGACGAUACAAGUGUUUGUCAUAGAUAUUUUCAUCUCGAAGAAGUCACUGGAUCGGUGAGGAUUUCUAUAUUGUUGAAGGCAAAACAAUUUUUUUUAUAGUUUAUGAACUUUGAAGAUGCGAAAAAAUGGUGUAAAAAUGAGCACCAUGCAAGUUUGACAAGAUGGGACGAUGAGGAGGAAUAUACACGAGUCUAUGAUAUUCGAAAGGAGAAAGGAUGUAAUGUCACUUGUGAUGCAUGGGUUCAAUGUAUGACACCUCUUGGAGUAAGUUUGAAAUGAAGAAUUUCAUCUCAAGUUUUAAAAUAAUCAAUUUGAAUUUUCAGUGUAAAACUCAACAAGAAGAAUACGAAUGGGAUGGCGAAACAAGUAAGUUAACAAAAAUUUAAUGCUUUUUGAAGCUUAAAUGAAUUUAUUUUCAGAACGGAAGGAACACAAACGUGGAGAUUUGAAGCAUAGAGGAAUUGGUAAUUAUAGAAUGCAAUUUAAGCAAAGUGUUAUGUGUGAGAAGCAAGCUGAAGAGUAA